AUGGGAGACAUGAAGUCAGUCUUAAGCAGGAUUGACAAGAGUGGUGAGGGAGUUUGCGUACAAGCAUAUACUCUAGGCUCCUUGGAAGCAUUGCUAGAGUUUCUGAAGACCCCAGAAGUUAAUAUUCCUGUUAGCGGUAUUAGUAUAGGCACUGUACAUAAAAAGGAUGUCAUGAAGGCCAGUGUAAUGCUUGAAAAGAAGAAAGAGUUUGCCACCAUUUUGGCAUUUGAUGUCAAAGUGACACCAGAGGCCUGGAAACUUGCAGAUGAUUUGGGUGUGAAGAUUUUUAUGGCUGAUAUCAUCUAUCACUUAUUUGAUCAAUUUAAGGGCUAUAUCAACAAUCUCAAGGAGGAAAAGAAGAAGGAAUCUUCUGAUGAAGCUGUCUUUCCUUCUGUGAUCAAGAUUUUACCAAACUCUGUUUUCAACAAGAAGGAUCCAAUUCUCUUGGGGGUUGAUGUUCUCGAAGGCAUUUUAAAGGUACCAUUAUAUACACUGGAUUUUUUUUACUUCGACACACCCUGCUUCUCUUAA